AUGCCUUUUGUCAUCGACCUCAAGGGACAGACCAUCGUCGUUACCGGCGGUAAUCGUGGUAUUGGUCUCGCCAUGUCCAAGGCUGUUGCCAACGCCGGUGCCAACGUCGCCAUCUUCUACCGAUCCCAUCCCAAGGCUCAGGAGGCUGCCGCCGAGGUUGCCAAGGAGUUCGGUGUUCAGUGCAGGGCUUAUCAGUGCGAUGUCGGUGACGCCGAGCUCGUCAAGAAGACGCUCAAGCAGGCUCAGGACGAACUCGGACAGGUUACUGGUCUCCUCGCCAACGCCGGUGUUUCGGUCGUCAAGCCCGCUGUCGAACUCACCUCCGAUGACUUCCGUUACGUUUACGACACCAACGUCCUCGGUGUUUUCAACUCUGCCAAGGCUGUCGCUCAGCUCUGGAUCGAGUCUGGCUUCAAGAAGGGUUCCAUCGUCAUCACCUCUUCCAUGUCUUCCGAGAUUUACAACCAGGAGGGUCUUAACAAGCCUUUGACCCAGGUUUUCUACAACUCGUCCAAGGGUGCUGUCACCAACCUUGGCAAGUGUCUCGCUGCCGAGUGGGCCCAGCACGGUAUCCGUGUCAACAUUCUCGAGCCCGGUUUCUGCAACACCGAGCAGACCAGUGGAAUGGACGCCAAGAUCCGCGACUUCCAGGCUUCCAGUAUCCCCAUGGGCCGCUUCUCGGAGCCUCACGAGCAGGCUGACCCCGCCGUUCUCCUGCUUUCGGACAAGGCUUCGUACUUGACUGGUAGCGUUAUUCGCCCCGACGGUGGUUUUACCAUCUGGUAA